CUGUGAUGUUAACUUAACCUACAAUACCAAGAGUUUGUUUACAAUUUACAACUGAACUUAUUGCAGUUUGCAACAUUCAGAAACAUGGAACCAAUCAAGAAUGUUCGCCUAUCAAAGGGAAUAUUAGAGAUGAAGUUUAUGAAGAAAUCGAGAGAACAGGUUCUAAAAGAUCAGGAAGAUGCUGAGAGCCAGGAAAUGUAUUCGAGGGAAAUCACUGAGGAAAUGAAGAAAAGCGGUCACACCAUCUUUCGCGAAGCCAGUAUGACGAUUUGCAAGGGUUUAGCUGAUGGAAGAUUGUCGUUCGGGGGCGUGAACCCCGAAGUGGAGAAGCUGAUGGAGGCCACAUACAACAAAGCCCUCGCCGAAGCUCAGAAGCGGGAGGAGAAGGAUGUUAGUGACGAGCACAUGGCCAAAGGCUACUCCACACUGGUCAAUACGGUAAAUAAUAAGUUCAAGACCAAAAAGGCUAAGAACAAGAAGUUCCAAAAGCCCAAUGCCGCCGAACCGCUGAUUUAAAGACUGUUUUAGUUAGCAAGCAAUAUACUCUAGGGACUACCUGUAAA